AUGUCGUCAGCGCAUCGGCGCCAGUUUACAAGUCCUAGCCGCGCGCUAACACCUCUAGAACGCAUCACCAAUGGGCACGCAUCAGCGCAUCAGCCGCGCCUGCAUCGCCGCCGCCCCGUCGCCGCAUCACGCUUCCUCGGUAACAGCCGCACUCCGAUCUCCAUCGGACAUCCGAUUCCCGUUGGCCCGACAACGUCAUACGAUAUGACACACCGGCCCCCGUCCAUCUCCGAGUCCGAUCGGCAACGGACAUCCUAUCUCCUGCCGAAGGAUUUGCCCGACCGCCCCCGCGCUUUCAAACGCCUCGCGGACGAGCGUCACCCACGCCUCCGACGCGCGCUGCCCGAAGCCGUAUUCGACCAACUCAGUCAAGAACGCGAAGCAGGCGCCCCACACCAGUACACCACCACCGAGCUCCGUGCCGUCGUUAGGCACGUCUCUACACUCCCGCCUCCGUCCACCGCUCUCCCUACCAUCGACUGGGACGCAGUCGAGCAGGCCAAGCUCGCGGCUCACGACGACCGCCAGCACUUCCAGGCACAACGCAACCAAGCCCGCACUAGGCAAAACGCGCACGCCAGUGCCUCUUCCAGCCGCUCUCUAGCGGAUCGCCUCACCGCCACCCUGACCUACACCCCCAUCGCUCCAAAGCCCGUCACCAUCGACUUCUCUCGCUACACGGCCGCCGACCUCACCCGUAUCUUCGCGCCGAAAUUCGCCGCCACCCUCAAGCGCUUCAACGUGCUCGAGUCGCUUGACUGCCCCGACGUUCUAACCGACGACAUCAACGCCGUCUUCAAGCUUUGCGACCGCCUCGCUCACCUCGAUCGCACCCUCAAGGACGUCUCACGCGUCAUCAGCGUCGAGGAGUGGAACCGCUGGGACUCAGGAUUGAAGCAGAUCGGCGGGAUCUCGUUCAAAGGACUGCGGCAAAAGCUGGACGAAUACAUAGUUUUCGAAUAUAUAGAUUACGACGAGGAACGAAUCCUCGAUCCAACUCCCUUUCCACUUUCUAUAAAUCUGUUCUCCGUCCUAUCGGACGAAUCAGAAACAGUGGCAGACACUCGCCUAGUUUGCGCGGCCUUCGCUCACGUCUUCAACUUCGAAGAAGCUCGAGACUACUAUUUGGAUGAAAGAAGACAGUUAAACACUUGCACAAACUAUCUCUGUCCAAAUUGCUACUACGAGCACCAGACACGACCAGUCACCUCCGAGAACCCACCUUACCUGUUCAUCAAUAGCGAACAGGAAGGACGAAUUCGCGAGCGAUACCACCUAGAAGAACCCACCGAAGCAAUGGACGUUCCACCCCCAGCACCACAACCCACCAUGCAGGACGUAUUAAAUCUCAUGGUCACACUGGUCCAAAACGUCAACAACCUCACGACGACUGUGAACCAGUUCGUAGCACAUGCGCGCCAGCCGGUCGCCACGGUUUCUUCCACCAGGUCCCAGUCCUUCGUCGAAAAACCAGCCACUUUCGACGGCAAAUCGUCCGAAAAAGCCAGAUUGUUCCGCAGCGCCUUCCGCGUAUACGUCCGAGGAAACAAAGAGAUAUUUGCCUCGUGA